CACCGUUUCCACGACAGCAUGGCUGCGCCGCUGCCUGCGAGAUGUGGGUUUUACGUGGAGAGGAAAAGGCGAUUUUGUAAAAUGGUAGUUGGAAUUGGAAACCAGUUUUGUGGAGAACACGCAAAUGCAGAGAAUGGAAACACUAAAAGAAGAAUCCCUUGUCCCUUGGAUCCAAAACACACUGUGUUUGAAAACUGCCUCUCCCAACAUCUGAAGAAGUGCAACAACAGGGACAAACCAAAACCUGUUUACUAUGUAGAAGAUGUUAACGCAGGAUCAGGGGAUGAAGAUGUGCUGGAUGAUCAGAUAGCUUUGGCACAGCGUAGCAAGGCAGAGUUGGAUGUAUACCUUCAGAAACUCAAGACAGCAGUUAAAGAAUUUGACCUCAAACUUGAUGAGAGCAUCCUUUCCCAUCCUGUUCUCAACCAAGAAUUAGAUAAUCCAAAGAAUGGUGAUGCUGCAUUUAAACACUUAAAACAGCAGGCUUCUAUUUUAGGAAACAUGGAGGCGUUGAGCCUACUAGGAGCCAACAAGUGUUUUGUGGAAUUUGGAGCAGGAAGAGGCAAGCUGUCUCAUUGGAUCCAUGAGGCUUUGAAGACCUAUGAAGACUUCCACUUCCUUCUGGUGGAGAGAUCAAGCACAAGAUUCAAGGUUGACGGCAAAAACCAACAUUUCACUGCUGAAUUUGAAAGACUACAGGUGGACAUUCAGCAUCUUGACUUAAGUAAAGUUCCACUGCUCAGAGAGAAGAAAAUUCCAGUUGUUGGUGUUGGAAAGCACUUAUGUGGAGCAGCGACAGGUGAGACCUGGUACAUCCACCACAGCAGGGGUUCUCAACAUUCUUUUGUCCCUGGGAACUGGAAGAAUUGGGUUGGUAGCAGCAUGUAUUGUGAAUUAGGUUCACAGACCCUCCAGCAAGCUCAACAGGAAUCUCUGGUUUCACAGAACUGCCCCCCUCCAUAUUUCAAAGUUAAAGACCUUGCCCUUCGGUGUUUGCUGGAAAGAUCGGAAGUGUGUGGUACCUCUGAGUCAGCAUGCAGACGUCACGAAUGGACCGACAGAACAGCAGAACCAGGCGGUGCCGGGCCGGAUGUGUGUGGGUUAACCAUCGCCUUGUGCUGUCACCACCGCUGUGUGUGGAGGCACUAUGUAGGGAAGGACUUCUUCCGUCAGAGGGGAUUGGGGGCUUGUGAAUUUGCUGCCUUCACACGCAUGUCAAGUUGGGCAACAUGCGGCCAGAGGCCGGUCCACGACGUCUGUCCAUCCCAUGAUUACGGCAGUAAGGACCAUGACGAAGACCACAAGGUGACAGAAGAAUCAGAUCCUGACAGUUUCAACGGGGUUCCAUCCCCAGAAGACCGUGAACAUAUAGGCCGUCUCUGCAAACUGUUUAUUGAUCAAGGCCGAGUCCACUACCUGCAGAAGAAGGGCUGUGAUGCCCGGCUGACUUACUACACCAACUCAACAGUCACACUAGAAAAUGUGUUGCUUACUGCAGUGCCCGCUGUCUCACAUCAGACAGAUGGGCAGACAGCAAAGAAGUGUCUUGAAAAUUAUACACUUCCACCAACAGAGGCUUGUCUUUGAUUGGUUUUUUUUUGGACAUUGAUAAAUGAAGCACAAUAUUUGAAAAAACCAUAAAUGAAUAUGCAAGGGAAUUGGAAAAGUUUUACAACCAGAAUAGUCAGUAGACAGAGACUGUCUCCCUCCCAUUCAUUGGUUGGACAUUUUUGCUAGCAUACAUCUGCAAGUGCAGGAUGACAUAAUGAAAAAAAAUAAUUGUGUUUUCAGAAACAUAAAAACAUUCUUGUAAACAAAAAAGUUAAAUGUUUUGUGAAUUUCAAGGUCAUAGUGUUAAAGAGAUGUAAAUUAAGUGCAGAUAAUAGAGGUAACAAGAGUGAAUGAAUUUUCGUGUCACGUGAUAUUUACGGUGCAGAAAAAAUGAGCAAAGUAUGAACCAGAAGAACAGAUUUUCGUUUUUAAAGAACAAAUGUGAUAAAAGUAUGAACCAGAAGAACAGAUUGUCAUUUUUAAAGAAUAAAUGUGAUAAAAGUAUGAACCAGAAGAACAGAUUGGGAUUUUUAAAGAAUAAAUGUGAUAAAAGUAUGAACCAGAAGAACAGAUUGUCAUUUUUAAAGAAUGAAUGUGUUAAAAGUAUGAACCAGAAGAACAGUUUGGGAUUUUUAAAGAAUAAAUGUGUUAAAAGUAUGAACCAGAAGAACAGAUUGUCAUUUUUAAAGAAUAAAUGUGGUACAAGUAUGAACCAGAAGAACAGAUUGUCAUUUUUAAAGAAUAAAUGUGAUACAAGUAUGAACCAGAAGAACAGAUUGUCAUUUUUAAAGAAUAAAUGUGAUACAAGUAUGAACCAGAAGAACAGAUUGUCCUUUUUA